ACCAAAGGGAGGGGUAUGGAGGGAGGGCUGAUUUUCCAUAGUAACGGUGACAAAACAAGUUGGUCCCACACCAAGCUGGGAAUGGAAUGAGUGAGGCAGCUGAACAGAAGCACACUAACUUCUUCUGAGAAACAGUGUUUGGAAUCCGGCUCCUACAGUGCGUGAGGACAGGAAAGAGAAGGACCAGACAGGAGGAGAGGAAGGAAACCAAGAGGACAGUAGAUCCAGUCAAGUGAGACAGGAUGAGAAGCAAGUGUGAAAAAGGUAUGACACAAGAAGCAUUCCAAAAAUAUUUUUGAGACUGCUGGUGCCGGAAAGAGUUCUUGACUAACGGGGGACAGAGACACACACAGACACCCACACACACACACACACACACACACACACACACACACACACACACACACACACACACUUGCAUGCACAUCUGUGUCGCCUUGGCAGAAUGAACAGAGACAGUCAAAGUGAGGACAGUCUGUCCACCAUGGUUCUGGAGAACAUCAAGAACAAACUGAUUCACGCCUUCAGGACCACUGGUGAACCACGGGAUGCCCCUGAUUCCACUAGUGGUCCGAUCAGCAUGGGCAGAAGUUACCAAGCAAACGAGGAACUGAGAAGAGCUAAGAUAGAUGGUGCCUUGACCUGGUUAAGAUCUGAACUGCUGGAGAUGCGCUGUCAGGACCGACAGCUAGCCCAAACUCUGCUGGGACUCAACACUGAGAUUCAGAGGAUGAGGAGGGAGAGCAUGUGUGGGGCUCUGGAGCCAGAGGGUGAUGAACACCAUUAACCAACCCCUCCUAGUACCCCUCCCCUUGGGGAAACUGAGAGUGAUGGUCCUGCUGGACAUUCCUGGAGCCAUUCCAUGCACAAACGAUGCCCUUUGGCAUUAAGACAGAUUUGUUCGGAAGUGUUAUACAAUGGAGAUCAUUCCGGAUGUAAUGUUAAAUCCCAUGUAAAGGUCAAUAAGAGUGGCUGUGAGGAACCCAGUGGACUGGAUAUUAUCUGAUGAGGAAUAGGUCAUCAAUGUUUCAAACUCGUGAUGAAAAUGUUUAAUGUUUCAUGCAAAAUUGUCCAGUCGAAAAAACAAUUUUGACAUAUCCAUUGGACACUUUGAGUUAGAUGUUUUGACAUCCUGAGUCAACCCUGAGAAGCAACGCCCUAGAACAUCAGUAGUCACUGAACGGAUGAAUGCAUUGUGAUGAUUUCAAAGCCUUCUGUUGCUCAAGGUAGGCUAUAAUGUUGAAGGAUUAGUUCACCCAAAUUACCAAUUUACAUAUUCAUUUUUUAGUUUGCAGCUAACCAGUCUUAUGGAUGAGAUAUGCAACUCAAGCUUGGUUUAGUUUCCCUUGCACUUUUUCACAUGCUAACUUUUUAGCUUUUGUGCCAUUAAUCCCAUUGUACUUGAGUUACUGAUUUAAAAAAAUAAAUCAUUAGAAAUGCUCACCAGUCAUCUGUUGAUGAUUUAAACAUUGAGUGCAGAAAAUGAUAAUGUCUGUCCUGUGUCAAUGGAUAUCUGCCACAAAAACAUUUGGAAACAGGAAAACUAAAAGUAAACUAAACCAAAACAUGAUUUGAUAUCAUACCUUGUACACACAUUGUACAGGAUACCAUAUAUAAUGUGUACAUUUUCAAAUUUUGGUACAGUAUCUCUUUAAAGACACGUAUACAGAGUUUUACGAAAUGCACUUACGAAAUUUCCUGUAGGCAUUUGUGUGUGCGUGUAUACGUGUAUGUGCACACACACUGUGUAGAUUAAUAAGAGAACAGCAACUGAUUAAAAGAAUGACAAAACAUUUAUAUAAAGUAAUUUUAUGUUCUCUUUAUUGAUCUGGCAUACUAUAUUCAGUACCUGUCCCAAAUGCAGUUACUGCAAGAAUAAACACAUAUUUUGAUCACAGAUUAAACUCCUAAUAAACUCUC